AUGACUGCAUCAUCGGCACCUGCGUGAGCACACAUGGGUGAUCCAGGAUAAUCUGUUCUUUGCCCACGAAUACUGAAAAGGCCCAUGUGGCGAUAAUUGGUCUGCCUCUCGGCCUCUCGCAGCCCCGCGGAUGGCCAGCCUCUGCCCAAGCCCGUCAUCUCACCCCCCAACACCGUCCUCCUCAAGGCCAUCGCAACGGGCUGCAAAGUCUACGUCGAGCGACCAGACCAAGCUCGCAAGGCCGAGAUCCUCAUGAUUCGGGAGAAGAAGCUCAGUCGAGCCGCGAGGAAAGCCACGCUCGAAUCCGGCGUUCCCCCGCCCGAGGUCCCCGACGAGGAGAAACUCGAGUAUUACGUCCAUUAUGUCGAGUUCAACAAGGUCAGUCACGAGGUCCUCGAGCCUAGCGAGCAAGGAGGGGUAGUUGUCAGUCGUCGACGUCCGCUGACUUGGGGCGCUUCCAUCGGUUUCCGCUUCUUGCAUUUCUCCAGCGUCUCGAUGAAUGGGUCCAAGGUUCUCGCAUCCUACUUUCACGAGAAGUUGAAUGGCCUUUACCUCCCGCUCCCGCCGUACCCGCACCGACAAGCAGCUCGUCCGCCUCGCGCAAAAAGUCUUCGGAUACAAGCGGCGCAUCCUCGCCAUCUCGAGACGGCAAGUCUUCGUCGCAAAAGAAAUCAUCGGCCCUCGACACGGGAUCUUUGCUACGUAAAGCAGCGAUCAAAGCUUCGGCUGCGGGAGCUCGCAAGAAGGCUGUGACACUGGCGAUCCCCGAGGGCAACGAUGAGGAUGCCGAGGGCGAAGCCGACGAUGCAGGCGAUGAUGACGGAUCUGCGGCCGACGCGAAUGGAGACGUCGAUGACGAUGCCGACGAGACGAUGUCGGAUGGUACGACACCUUUGGCCAUUUCACCCGGUGGGACAACCGUCGCCGAUGCUGUGACCGAGGACGACGAGGAAGGCACCCCGGUCCCAACGUUUUCCAAAGCGCGUGAGAUCGAAAAACUCCGAACGCAAGGAUCCAUGACGCAAUCGCAUUCGGAAAUCUCGCGAGUCAAGAACCUGGACAAGAUCCAAAUGGGUCGUCACGAGGUCGAAGCAUGGUACUUUUCACCCUACCCCGUCGAAUACGCCCACACCGCGACGCUCUAUAUCUGCGAAUUCUGCCUCGCCUUCUUCGCGUCUGAAAAGAUGAUUGAACGACAUCGGAAGAAAUGCACGCUGCAACAUCCACCGGGGAACGAGAUCUAUCGUCACGAAGAGAUUUCCUUCUUCGAGAUCGACGGACGAAAGCAGAAAACGUGGUGCCGCAACUUGUGUCUUUUGUCCAAGUGCUUCUUGGACCACAAGACGCUAUACUACGACGUCGACCCUUUCCUCUACUACGUCAUGUGUAGUCGCGACGAAACGGGCGUGCAUCUUAUCGGGUACUUCUCGAAGGAAAAGGAAUCGGCGGAGAACUACAACGUCGCUUGCAUCCUCACCUUGCCGCAGUACCAGCGCAUGGGCUACGGCAAGCUGUUGAUCGAGUUCUCGUACGAGUUGAGCAAGAAGGAGGGCAAGCUGGGCAGUCCAGAGAAGCCGCUUAGUGAUUUGGGACUGUUGAGUUAUCGAGCGUAUUGGGCCGAGACGAUCGUCGACUUGUUGAUGACGACACGGGACGAGAUUAGCAUUGACGAGAUCGCGAACAAGACGGCGAUCGUUCAUGGUGAUAUCAUGCAUACGUGAGUUCUGCCUGUCAGUUUCCUUUCAUUACAACGCAUCACUGAAAGGUCUACCUCGCCUCCUGCGACACAGUUGCCAAGUCUUGCAGAUGCUCAAAUUCUCGAAAGGGCAACACCACCUCGUCGUCUCGCAAGCGCUAUUACAGCAACACGAACGAGUCAAGGGCAAAGUGCGCCGGCGCAUUGAUUCGACUAAGCUCAUUUGGAAACCGCCCAUGUUCACGCGUCAAGAACUUCGGUUCGGUUUCUAG